AGGAAGAGAGUAGUAGAGUGAAAUGGAGAAGAGUGACAAAGAAGUGAAAGUGUUCCAUAACACUGAACAACUUUCCACUGCACUUGCAGAAUAUGUUAUUGAGAACUCUGAUACUGCAGUGAAGGAAAGAGGAGCAUUUUCUAUUGUUCUAUCUGGAGGAAAUCUCAUCCAUCUCAUGCGGAAACUAACCAAACCACCAUAUGUAAGAAUGGUGGAUUGGUCCAAGUGGCAUGUGUUUUGGGCUGAAGAGAAUAUUCUUCCCAAGAAACACCCAGAGAGUAUCUAUCGCCAAGCCAAAGAAGCUUUCAUCUCAAAGGUUCCUAUAAAAUCGGCGAAUAUUUACUCCGUGAGACUCGGUGUAUCGGCGGAGAAGGCAAUGGAGGAAUACGAAUUUAAGAUCAGACAGGUGGUGAGGAGUCGAACGGUGGCAGUUUCACCAUCAAGUGAUAGUCCGAGAUUUGAUCUGAUGUUGUUGAUGAUGGGAGAAGAUGGCCACGUAGCUUCGUUGUUUCCAGAUCAUCCUGUGUUGAGUGAGGAAUCACAGUGGGUUGCAUGUGUUGCCAGUGAAGGAAAAGAAAGCGUCACCCUCACUCUUCCUGUGAUUAACUCUGCAGCUAACGUUGCGAUUGUGGCAACUGGUAGUGACGUGGCUCAGAGUGUAUCUUUGGCUCUUGGGGACCCACUUCCUAGUGGGUUCAUUCCGGCUCAGAUGGUAUCACCUAGAGAUGGUGGGAAUCUUGUCUGGUUUUUGGAUGGCAGUGCUGCUUCUCUCCUCCCCGGGAACAACGGCGGGGAAAGCUCUGCCACGUAGGAUUCCAAAUUCCCUGGGAUUCUGGAAUCGAUUUAACUUUCUUUUGCUUUUUCUCUUUUUUGUCCUUUUUGGAAUGUAUUG